ACCAAUCCAGAAAAAAUAAUUAUUGUAGGUGCACCGUGCACCGUGCACGUGCGCGAGCCUGGCGCCACUAGCAAGUUCAACUCCCAACGCUAAAAAAGCGUGCUUUCCGGCAGCCGGCAGAAACCUUAGAAAUGGCGGCCGAGCUUCUCCCGACAGCAUAUUUUAAUGAAACCCAGUUCAGGAAUGGUCGGAACUGGCCGAAUUAUUGUCCGAAACCUCGCGCUUCUUCAAAUUUCAGUUUAAAAGCUUCUCAAGAACCCCUCGACGAUGACAAGAGCAAGUUCUACAAAGAACUCGGAAUGUUUUCUUUGAGAAAGAGAAUAGAAGAUUCUGUUCUUCGUGCAGAGAUGCUGGCACCAACGGCAUUGGAAUUUGAAGAAGGGAAGCAUGUUGACCAAGAAGGAGUUGUCCGCAACUAUGACUUGUGGGACGACCUCACCAAAUCAAACGAAGUCCUUGCCAAACUGGCUGACAGUGCCAAGGUGGUUGACACACUGAGGGAUCUUACAUAUAAGGCUGAGGAAGCUAAGCUUAUCACCGAGCUUGCAGAGAUGGAUGCUAUAACUUAUGAGCUCUUCAAGCAGGCAUAUACUGCUUCUUUAGAUGUAAACAAGUUUUUGGAUAAGUAUGAGAUGUCGAAGCUUCUAAAGGAGCCAUACGACAUGGAGGGAGCGUGCAUCAUCAUUGAGUCGAGAUGGGGAGAUACACUCUCUGAGAGAUGGGCGUUGCAACUCGCACAGAUGUACAUGAAAUGGGCUGAAAGGCAGGGCUAUGCUGGGAGGAUAGUAGAGAGAUAUCAUUCAAGCAAUGGCGAACUGAAAUGUGCUUCUAUCGAACUAGAAUUUAAAUUCGCCUAUGGAUAUCUAUCAGGAGAAAGAGGCGUACACUCUCUGAUAAGGUGUUCGGACAGUACUUCUGCUCUUCCUAAGGCUAGCUUGGCCUCCGUUGAUGUGAUUCCCCUAUUCAUCAACUCAUCUGCUGACCUGCCAAUUGAGGACGAGGAUAUACAAGUUUCAUACCCGUCCUACUGUGAGGGCAAUCCACAAAUGAGUAGGGUUUCUUCAGCUGUUCACAUCCACCACAUACCAACAGGUGUAGAAGUUCAGUCUACAGGUGAGAGGAGUCGCUUUGCCAACAAGAUCAAAGCCCUCAACCGUUUGAAGGCUAAACUUCUCGUUCUUCUGAGGGACCAUGGCGUGUCUGGUGUGGGGAGCAUCAAGAGAGGCGCUGCAACGGACAGGUGGAGUCGAGAAACACGAAAAUAUGUCCUCCAUCCAACGAAGAUGGUGCACGAUCUCAGGUCUGGUGCUCAGUUUCCCAAUGUAAGCCCCGUUUUGAAUGGCAAUCUCGACCCUAUCAUUGCUGCUCACAUCAGUUCCAGACAAUCUAGUACUGCUGUGUAAUUUUGUUAGUUAAAUCGAUAGCUUAAAACUAGAAUAUGGUGUCCAAUAUGUGAUUAUGAACUGCAGGGAAUGCGACUCGCCUAAUUUUAGACA